AGCGCUCUGCUCUAAGUGUGUGUGUAUAAGUGUGUGUAGACUGGCGAAAAGGAAUCACUUUGUGUGAUAAGCCUUGUGAACUGCACCCUUAGACUAGUACUGCGGUGAGCAGGUGUUCAUUUGCAAGCGACCGCGCAUGUCCAUUAAACCAGGCAGGUUCGUUCUGCUCGUUUCACAGUGGUCUCAGCAGGUGUGCUGAUUUUUUUAAAAAAAAAAAGCACUAAUCCUAUACUCUAACUCUGUACUUGUAUUCUGAGCUGGACUUUAGAAACGCGUGAAAUUGAAAUAUCUCGUCUUGUCAACAUGUGUGGGUAUGGUUCUUUCUCAGUAACUAGGUUUCCUCAUGUGAUUCUCACCCUGUGCCUGUUCCUCACCCGUUUCCCUGUGUUUUUUCCUCCUCAGCCGCAGGGGAUCGGCAGUCCCAGCGUCUACCACGCUCUCAUCAUCAUCUUCUUGGAGUUCUUCGCCUGGGGUCUCCUAACGGCGCCGACUUUAGUGGUUUUACGCGCAACGUUUCCGAAGCACACGUUUCUGAUGAAUGGACUUAUCCAGGGAGUUAAGGGCCUGCUGUCUUUCCUUAGUGCCCCUUUGAUCGGUGCCCUGUCAGACGUGUGGGGUCGGAAGUCCUUCCUCUUACUCACGGUGUUCUUCACUUGCGUCCCCAUCCCGCUGAUGAAAAUCAGCCCCUGGUGGUACUUCGCAGUUAUCUCUGUGUCUGGAGUGUUUGCGGUGACCUUCUCGGUGGUGUUUGCCUACGUAGCUGAUAUAACUCAGGAGCAUGAGCGCAGCACAGCCUAUGGACUGGUGUCAGCCACCUUCGCAGGCAGUCUGGUGACCAGCCCGGCCAUUGGGGCCUACCUGGCCCGCGAGUACGGUGAUGGCCUGGUGGUCGUGCUGGCUUCGGCCAUCGCCAUGCUGGACAUCUGCUUCAUCUUGGUGGCUGUGCCCGAGUCGCUCCCUGAGAAGAUGAGGCCGGCAUCCUGGGGGGCACCUAUCUCCUGGGAACAAGCAGACCCCUUUGCUUCGCUGAAGAAAGUGGGCCAAGACUCGACUGUCCUGCUCAUCUGCAUAACUGUGUUCCUCUCGUAUCUCCCGGAGGCGGGCCAGUACUCCAGCUUCUUCCUCUACCUGAAGCAGAUAAUGAAGUUUUCCCCCGAAAGUGUUGCUGCCUUUAUUGCUGUUUUAGGAUUGCUGUCUAUUGUUGCACAGACGGUGGUGCUGAGUUUCCUCAUGCGUUCCAUUGGAAACAAGAAUACCAUCCUUCUGGGCCUGGGGUUUCAGAUCCUGCAGCUGGCUUGGUACGGUUUUGGGUCGGAACCAUGGAUGAUGUGGGCGGCCGGAGCUGUCGCGGCUAUGUCCAGCAUUACCUUCCCUGCCGUGAGCGCGCUGGUGUCCCGCACUGCCGACCCAGACCAGCAAGGAGUUGGGCAGGGCAUGAUUACAGGUAUCCGGGGUCUUUGUAACGGUCUCGGGCCAGCAUUCUACGGCUUCAUCUUCUACAUCUUCCAUGUAGAACUGAACGAGCCGUCAGCCCCCGAUACAGGUCAAGGGUCAAGCCUGGAAAUUUUGCACGGGACUCGAUUCAACCAGCAGAGCUCAAUCAUCCCGGGUCCCCCUUUCCUGUUUGGGGCCUGCUCGGUGCUGCUCGCCCUGCUGGUGGCACUCUUCAUUCCUGAGCACACCAACCAGGUGGCUCGGGCGGGCAGCUGGAAGAAGCACGCCGCUCCCCAUGGGCACCCCCAUGGGCACCCACCCUCUGGAGAGGCCAAGGAACCACUACUUCAGGACAGCAACGUGUGACAUUCCCAGGCUCUGCACUGAAAGACUGGUCAAUGGGCACAAGGAUAAUGAGUGCUUGACAGGUUCAAAAAUCCUAUUUACAGAGAUGUCGGGUACCAACAUUAAGUGGAUGUAAGCGUACCAAUUUAUUUAUACAUAAAUGAAUAUAUAUUUUAAGAAAAAUCUGUCCAAAGGCACUAUUCCAAUAGCUUGUAUUUAUUAAUUUCAGGUUACAUUCUAGAUUUUGUGUGUCUGCACAUGUGUGUGUAUGUGUGCGUGUUUCGUGUUGAAAUUCUACAAGGCAAAACCUUGUAUAGGAUUGUUUCUGAACACAGUGUGUUCAUGAAUCAUAAAACUGAAAAAAAGGUUUCUGCAAAGUAUAAAAAAAGAUAGUCUAGCAAACUGUGUCAGCUUUCAGCUCUUUUUUAGCAUUAUAAAUGAGAAUAUUGAAGACUGUACAAGCAGCCUUAAACACCAUUUCAACACCCGAAUGAAACUAACAAAGACGAAUGAAUUAAUACUUUUUUUUUUUUUUUCCUCUUGGCUCAUAUCAAUGCCUUUGAACGGUUAACCCCAUUUUGGAAUUAUUUGCUGCAGUCAUAGCUGUUUUUCAGACUGGUGUAUGGGGGUGUCUAUGGAAAGGUGCAACUCUGUCUGACUUGUAUUAAUGGGUUUUGUUUUAUUGAACUCCUGCAGUGAGGAGGUGCAUUUCAGGCCAUCGUGACAUGAAGCGUCAGGCUCCAAACUGUGGAGUCCUUCCCCUCUGUGUAAAUGUGUAUUACACAAGACUAAGUAAUGUACUGUUUGAUGCGUUUUAAAGUAAGAUGUUUACAGAGCUGACAUUUAACAGUAUGCUUUUGCCUUUUUGAACCAUGUUAUAACCACAUCAAGAACCUAAAGACCAAGUUCUGUAGCUCUGGAUAAGGAAGAUGCGUUUUUUUUUUUUUUUUUUUUUUUUUUUUUUGUUUUCCUUAUUUUUAUUUUCAGUGGCCUUCUUCUGAGAGGAUGCACUAAAAUAUCAUUUGCAAACAUGCUAAGCUACCAGAUGCCAAAAAAGGAAAUGUAAAUUAAUUUUGUUUAGAAGAAUUCAUUAAUCAUGUUACUGUGGUUAUUGCUGCCUUUUGUUUGAAAACGGAGUGUGUUGCUGAUGUACGCCUAUUUGUUGAAAAUAAGUGCAAAAGCAGUGGUUCAAUAAAGUAAAUAUUUUUCA